GAGGGUGGGGCUGGAGAUGUGUGAGGAGAAUGAGCUCCUCCAAAUGGACAUUUGGGGUCGUAGGAACCUGUGUGGACACAGGUGCCUAGCACAGCCUCCUGAACUUUCAUCGGAAGGAGUUCUGGAUCCCCGGUGGCCUGUCUCCACAGCCUGCCUGGCCUUGGUUCCCACUCCGUGAUUUCCUGAAUUCAGAUUGGUCGAGUAUCUGUUGUUCCUGAAGUGGAGGAUGCAAGCUUGAGCAAAAGCUGGCUCAGGUGUUUCCAUUAACGUUUAUGUCUCCGCCCCUAUUAAUAAUAUCCUAUUUAAUACUGAUAUCUUUACUUCAGUACAUAAAAUGCUGUGUUCCGUUGAGCAAUGACAGUUUAAUAUACCUAAGCAAAGUAAAUGUAUCUAAUUUAUCCAUGUGACCUCUUUUUUUUAAGAAAAAAAAAUGAUGGAUCGUUCUAUUUGAUUUUACAAUAACAAAACUUGUGCUGUGAGAAUUUUAAUGGGCUGCCUUUCCUGUGAUAACUAAAGCUAUUUAUAAGAAGUAAAAAUCUAAAUGUCAUUUCUUCAAGUAAAUUGUAUUAUCUCUAUCAUUUACUCCAGAAGAAUUGUAUUUUCCAGGAGCAUCAGCAGGAUUUUUGAACAUGUGGUUUAUUCACCUAUUAGUGAAUAUACAUCUAGUUACCUGAGUGGCUUAGUUUUGCUAUUUCUUCAUUGAUAACACUAUUACAGCCAGUUAGUGCUUCGAAAUACUUCAUGUCUGAGACAGGUGCUAUUAGUUCCACAAAAGAAAAUAUCUUGUGAUUUGUAAUUUUAGUUGUAUUCCCAAACAAAGUGGAACGAAUGAAGCCUUGCUGUAGUAUUUGGACAUAUUGUACUAAUUUGCAAAGGAAAAAUGUCUUCUCAUUUGCCUGUGUUUCAGGAUCAGCUGUUUUGACUCUGCUGUUGGCUGGCUAUUUGGCACAACAGUAUUUACCACUGCCUACUCCUAAAGUGAUUGGCAUCGACCUUGGCACCACCUAUUGCUCUGUUGGGGUGUUUUUUCCUGGCACAGGAACAGUCAAGGUGAUUCCAGAUGAGAAUGGGCACCUGAGCAUCCCCAGCAUGGUGUCCUUCACUGACAGUGACGUGUAUGUGGGCUAUGAAAGCCUCGAGUUGGCAGAUUCAAAUCCUCAGAACACAAUCUAUGAUGCCAAAAGGUUCAUAGGCAAGGUGUUUACACCAGAAGAGCUGGAGGCUGAAGUUGGCAGAUACCCAUUUAAGGUCUUAAACAAAAAUGGGAUGAUUGAAUUUUCAGUAACCAGUAAUGAGACCAUCAGUGUUACCCCUGAAUAUGUUGGCUCUCGCCUGUUGUUGAAAUUAAAGAAAAUGGCUGAAGAAUAUCUUGGAAUGCCGGUUGCCAAUGCAGUCAUUUCUGUACCAGCAGAAUUUGAUCUAAAACAGAGAAACUCUACCAUUGAAGCUGCUAACCUUGCAGGGCUGAAGAUCUUGAGGGUCAUCAAUGAGCCUACAGCGGCAGCCAUGGCCUAUGGCCUCCAUAAGGUGGAGGUCUUCCAUGUCUUAGUGAUAGACUUGGGUGGAGGGACUCUGGAUGUGUCAUUGCUGAAUAAACAAGGAGGCAUGUUUCUCACCCGAGCGAUGUCAGGAAACAAUAAACUUGGAGGACAGGACUUCAAUCAGAGAUUGCUUCAGUACUUAUAUACACAGAUCUAUCAAAAGUUUGGUUUCUACCCUUCUAAGAAAGAGGAAAUCCACCGAUUAAGACAAGCUGUGGAAACAGUCAAAUUAAAUCUGACGCUUCAUCAGUCUGCUCAGAUAUCAGUGUUACUGACAGUGGAGGAACAGGACAGUAACAAUCCCCAGACGCCUGAGACUGAAGCACUGCGGGACAGGGGCUCCCCAGCAGGGGGACAGCAGCUCAACAGUGUGCCUGGACCCGGCCUUUCUGAAAAGGACAGUGGCAAAAGACAGGUUUUGUUUGAAGCAGAAAUAUCACGGAAGCUCUUUGAUAGCCUUAAUGAAGAUCUCUUCCAGAAAAUCCUUGUGCCCAUUCAGCAGGUAUUGAAAGAAGGACACCUGGAAAAGACUGAGAUCGAUGAGGUGGUUUUAGUUGGGGGUUCUACUCGUAUUCCACGGAUCCGCCAAGUCAUUCAAGAGUUCUUUGGAAAGGAUCCCAACACGUCUGUAGACCCUGACCUGGCAGUGGUGACCGGGGUGGCUAUCCAAGCAGGCAUUGACGGAGGCUCUUGGCCUCUGCAAGUCAGUGCGUUAGAAAUCCCCAAUAAGCAUUUACAAAAAACCAAUUUCAACUGAGUUGUGGAAAACGUGAUUGUUGUCGGAUAACCUCUUCCCCUUUAUCAGGCCACGCCUCCAAAAGAGAAAGUCAUCUGUUUCCUCUCACAGAUUGACCUAGAAAGGUGCAUCUCAACAGAGAAAAGCUUCAUGUAACAUUUUAUUGUAGGAUUAGAUGUGACCAGAUUGAUACUAUUUGAUUUUGGAGAGCUCCCAUUACAUCAGAGAAUUCUAAAAUGAGAACUGAGAUAAAACCCUCGUAGGGGAGGAGUAUGGUUGGUGACUAUAUUUUCCGGGUUCAUGAAUUGACAACCAUAUGCACUUAACAUUAUAUUCUGUAAAUGUUAUGUAGUGCCAAUUAAAAUAAGAUUCCCAGCUCUUACUUGAUUGUAUUAGUAGGAGCUGGUAAUUUCUUUACUUGGUUAUUACAUCUAUCUUACUUUGAAAUAUACUUGAAGGACAGUGUUGACGUCAGGUAUUUAUCUAGGACAUAGCAGUAUUAUCAAGAUAAACUGCAAACAUCACCUUCAGUAAUUGCCAUGUUAUAUUUCAGUGGCUUUCAUAACUGUGGUCUCAUUAUGUGUCAUAUUUUCAUAAUCUGCACACUCCACCGUUUUAAAAUAUAUCUUAACAGAUUGGUUUGUUUUCUAAGAUGGCUUUAGGUUUAUUCAGGUAUUUCUAUUCCAUAAAUACCCAAUUUAUUUUCUGGUACCUUCACCAACUGUAUGUCACUCUGCUUGAAUUUCAUGAUUCUGUGUGAUAUUGGAAAACAAUAGGAACUUAUUAAUUGCGUUUUAGGAUUAACAUUUUAAAACAUGUUCAUGUUACAAUAAAGCCAUCAUUACUAUCUCACUUUUGUUACCUGCCAUCUUUGCAGAUAUUGGUAAAUAGCAUUAAUUACUCAUGUUUUAGGUUUCAUGUAUAUUUUCAAAAGCCCUAAGGAAUACAUUAUUUGAGUGAUCAAAUAAUAUUUCUUCAAAUUUCGUGAACAUAUUCUCCCAUUAUUUUUAAUGACCAAAUGCACCCAAUUGUAUUAGUCUGGUUAUUAUUUUUCAUUGUUAUUUGUACUUUUUUUUUUUAAUUGGUCACUAGAAACCAGAAGAUGGUUGAGUAAGGAGAGAGAAUAUUUGUGAAUGCUGAAGUAAGGUGGAAACCUAACCUGGAAGACAACAGGGAAAAAUUGCCACAAAUCAACAUUUGUGGCAUUUCUAGCUUUUGCCUUUUGUUUCCUUUAGAAAAAUCACAGGGACCAAGAAAGAAAAUUUAGCAGUUUUAUUUUAGAGGAAUGUCCAUAUUAUUUACAACUACUACACAGUUUUUUUUCAAUGUAACAAAACAUUUUAGCUAACUAUUGUUAGUAUUUUAGAAAAUUAUUAUUUUUAGCAAUCAGAUUGCUGUUAAAACAAUUUCAAAUUGUUUUGUGCACAAUGUAGUAUGUGGAUAAAAAAACAAAAUAUUGCUGUUUUAUUUUAGGUUAAUGAAAAAAAUGCCAAAGAUGAGUCCUUGAUUGCAAUAUGAGAAUUUUGUUCUCUUAGACUUCAUAUACUUCUUUGAUAGAUUUUAAGAUUGAAACAUUCUUUUUAAGAAGCUCUUAAAGCAAAAGUGUUCAGUUUAUCUCAAAAUCUUAUGGUAUCAGCUUUAAAGCAUUUCAAAGCUUAAAUAAGAAUCUUGAAUUUCUUAAUAUUUGAUAUGGUUCAAGACAAUCUAUUAAAUAUUAAUGCUUUUUGAAGAAAGCAGUACACAACACAGGACAGCUGAUCUCAAAUUUAAAUUGGAAGUUAAAUAAUUUGAAAAAUAGAACGGCAGUGUUGGAACUGGAGGCUAGUAGUUUCUCAUAGUGUCUAGUGUAGUUACAACCGUUUUGUUUUUAAAUGAAGGAAUAUUCAGUUAUUUUAGAGGGCUAUAUGUAAAUAGUCUUGACAUUAGUGUAGUUUAUUUAUUUAAAAAGUAGAAUGCAUCCUGAAAGGGAUCAUUUACACAUAACAAUCUCAAGUCAUGUUUUGUGGAACAGACUUAAAGACUUUAGUUGUACAAAUAAGUAGGUUUGUGGGGUUUUCUUUUUUUUUUUCUUGAGGUACAGUACUUUUUAAAGUAUUGUCUAAGUAUUGUCUUGUAUGAUUAGAAUAUGUGAAUUGAGUAAUUUAUUUUGCAUCAGGACUGUUUUGGUACUGUGUGUCACUCACCACUGACUUGUCAACAGAUACUACUGUGUGUAAUGUACUGAAAAUUAGUUACUGUGCAUAACAGAUUGUGCCUCUGAAAUUUGUGCAUAUACAGGUAAUUCAUAUUUUACUGUAAAUAAAGACCAUUUUGCAUUUUGUUUUUUAAA